AUGGACGGUGCUUCACUUGUUACCGACGACCUUCUUGAUCCCCCGCCUCGAAUAUACGAGCGACUUCGUCAGAUAGCUGGUUAUACAUGGGAUGAAAGCCAGCUACCUUUCCAUUCUUCAUACGACUUCUGGCAUGUAAUUGGCACGCGGUGGGUGUCGUCGGUGCCUUCGCCUUCGAGCUCUCACAAUGCCUCGAGCCCAGGAUCCGCCCUGAGGCUACAUUCCGGCCGCCCAUCCCCGUCAGAACCUUACGCCCAAAUAUCGAAUAUCGACGGGUAUGAUACUCAAGCAAUAACGCCCCCAGCCUCGUCGUCCUCCAAUAUACCAAGCGAUGCCGCAUAUAUCGAAGAACCAGUCGUUGCUCGUUUAUCAUAUCACGCCCUGCGGGAGGAGCGGGCUUUUCACAUAGCUAAAACCUUAAUUGCCACUUCAGAUCCCACAGGGGAGCACAUUGUUAAACCUAUCGACUUGAUCAGGCUACAGCCUCUUCCUGGCGAUCGCGCACAGGUUGUUGUUUCCAUAUACCAGCAUCCUGGACCCAACUAUCUACUCGAAGUCCUUGACAUGGGACCAGCUUUCUACAGAGCUCGCAUACAAGGAGAGACAUUCAGCUCAUUACGGAAGAACGAACCCGAACUGCACCCGCCGAUUUCUCUACAGUAUUUUCUAGACUUUGCCAUAGGUGCGACUCAAUGUCUGGAGCUUCUUCACCACAACCUUGGCAUGAUUCAUGGCGAAAUUCGAGGCGAUGCGUUUCACUUCAAUAUCGAAACUGGGCAGGUCAAAGUUAUGUCUUUUGGGUCCGGGAUUCGCUCGUUCGAACACGGCCUGACGAGCACGGGAUGGUCAUCGCUUUCGAAAGAACUCGGGGCACAGAACAAACUAUUAUAUAUAAGCCCUGAGCAGACAGGACGAAUGCCUGCUGAGCCGGAUAGCCGGACCGACAUUUACUCUUUGGGUGUUUUAUUCUGGACCCUACUGACUCAGAGGCCAGUUUUCGAAGGUGAUAGCCCCCUCGACAUCGUACAGGGUGUUCUUGGUCGGAGGAUACCGAACGUCUCUACAGUGAGGCUUGAUAUUCCCGACGUGGUUGGAAGGAUCAUACAAAGAUGCACGGCUAGGAAUGUCCAGGACCGUUAUCACUCGGCGAGCGGGCUUCGCCAUGAUUUGGUCAAGGUCCAGGAGUUUCUCGGUGACGGGGAUUGGUUGGCACUUAAGGAGUGGAGGAUUGGAACCAAAGACGUAUCAUCGUUCUUCAUGCUUCCAGCAAUCAUGAUCGGCCGCCAGCAAGAGCAAGCAGAAUUAGACAAGGUCAUUGAUCGCGUCGCAAAAAGCCAUGCCAUGAACUUGAAGGGAAACACGAACCGGUUCUCUGACGGUUCAACCUUGUCAAACGAUAUGGCCGCAUUUGAUGACAUUUCUAGUGAGGGAGCGAGCUCUGUGGAUGGUACGAACUAUCGCAGCGGUUCUUUUACCCACACUGCUUCUUCUGACCCUAAGUUACCAAAGACCAACUUCAACCCCUUGUUUUCUGAUACCCAGACGGUGUCUGGCGAUACCAUUUCAUCUUCACCAUCUGGGACACUUCCGAGAAUUGCCAGGCCAUGGGAAAGACACCAGUCAAUCUCAAUUGAAACACGCAGUCUUGUCGAUAGCUCAGGGCCAGAUUCCCAAAAUCGCCAUAGCGUCGUAGAGUCGACAGCGUCCAGCCUGUCAAGACAGCUGGGGUCGGCCAAGUUUAGACGGCGCGACCAUUGUGAGGUUGUCACAAUCGAGGGUGCAGGGGGUCUCGGAAAGAGCUGUCUUGUUCAAAGCGUUUUAGCGGAUGCCAGGCGGCGAGGCUACUGUGCCACUGCGAAAUUUGACACCGCAAGGAGAACAGCAUUUGGACCUCUGCUUAAGCUGCUUUCGUCCCUGUUCAAGCAAGUCUGGGGUGAGAGGAACACGGAGACUCCCUUUCACCAGGGCCUCAAGCAGUUCGUUCGCCCCGUCUGGCCAAUGUUGCACCGUCUUCUGGGCCUCCCGGAGUUUCUUCUCGGCCCCCCAGAAGCGUCAAUUGGCCGUUCAAUCUCAUCGUCUCUUCAGUUCGCCUCCAUCAGAGGGAAUGGAAAGUCUGGGUUGAAACGACGGGGGUCAUCUCCUGGAAGUUCACCCAAGCCAGUUGCCAGGAACCCCAGCGUUGCUUCACAAUCAUCUUCAGACUUUCUUCGAACUGGUACAUCCACCAAGACAAUGCGGUUGAUGAACAUAUUCCUAGAUGUACUUCGCGUGUUCACUGCACACAAGUUCAUCUGCUUCUGCUUGGACGAUCUUCACUUUGCCGACGAUGAAUCAAUGGAGCUCAUAUCCCAAAUCAUCGCUUCGAGGAUGAAAAUGGUCAUCAUCAUGACCUACCGAACGGAAGAAAUCACAUGGGAUAAGAUCCAAAGCAUGAUUCAUCUCCCUGAAGGCGAAGAGUAUCCUCGUUCUGGUGGUCCUUUGGUCACGCGUAUAACAUUAUCACCGUUGGCCGAAGACGACAUAGUUCAAUACGUGUCGACAACACUUUGUCGGCCAAAGGAAGAAGUCUUGCCUCUUGCAUUGGUGUUGCAAUCCAAGACGGCUGGCAAUCCAUUCUACAUGCGAGAGAUGCUGAGUGCUUGUCACCGGAAGAAGUGUAUCUGGUACGAUUACAGAGACAGCCAAUGGCAUUAUGACCUUGACAGGCUUUUUGAGCAAUUCCAAGGGGAAAAGGAUUACGACAUACUUGAUACAGGCUUCAUAACACACCGACUAUCGGAGCUUCCUGCAGCAGCACGAACUCUUCUCGCUUGGGCUGCCCUUAUCGGCAAUUCAUUCUCCUUUGAACUCAUCUGUCAUUUGAUGGGGGGUGAGUUUGAUUACCAUGAGGAUGACAAGGGAUCAUGUUGUGCGACGUUUACACACAAAACCUAUUCACAAGGAGAGGCAAUUGCUGGUCUCCAAGCAGCCAUACAGGCCUACAUCAUUGUGCCUAGUGAGACCGACGAUCGAUUUCGAUUUGCCCAUGACCGAUACAUUCAUGCUUCAGCAGACCUGCAAGAAUGCAAUUCUCGGAAGAUGCAUUUUAUUAUUGCUCAGACACUUCAAAAAUACUAUGGCGGCGAGAACCAACAGCUGGACAACACAGCCUCACAUAUUUGUGCAGCGGUUGACAUCAUCAAGAGACGAAUUUCAAAUCGUUACCAGUAUCGCAAACUGUUAACGAGCUGCGCCCAAGCCGCCGCAGAGAGCGGUGCGAAGCCCACCGCUGCAAAAUACUAUAAUACUGCUCUUACUCUGCUCCAGGACGAUCCCUGGACGGAUGGUGAAGAAGAUGUAUCUUACGACGAAACAAUGCAGCUCCACCUCAGAGCAGCAGAGUGUUAUCUCUACAUGGGCCAAUAUACCGCGGCGAACGAGAUUCUCAACACUAUUUUCAAGAAUGGGAAAUCACCAUUCGACAAAGCACCAGCAUACGUCUUGCAGUCAAGAAUAUACGCCCAGAGUGGUGAUUCCGCUUCUGCUCUAGUUUCACUCAAAGACUGCCUAGUCGGCCUUGGAGUCACUGUCGAUGAUGAGCCAAGCUUCAAAAAGUGCGACGAGAAGUUCGAGCGCCUAUCAAUCCAGAUUCAAACGAUGGGACGUGGUGAACUCCUCAACUACAAGCAGGCAGAGGAUCCUAGUGUCGCACCUGUCGGAGCCGUGCUGGCCGAAACCAUUAGCGCUGCUUGGUGGAGCGACGGCUUACGGUACUAUCAUCUCACUCUCAUGAUGGUCGAGAUGCAUCUCGAAAGGGGCGCGUAUCCACAGUCUGGAAUGGCAUUCCUCUAUCUUGCGAUGAUCGCAUUGUCCCGGUUCAAUAUGACACAAUUUGCGGUCGAGCUAGGCAAUACGUCCCAAGAGCUGCUCUACCAAUCUCGAGACCCUUUCUUUCUCGCCCGUGGUUUGAUGCUCUACUCAAUAUGUAUUGGACAUGUUCACAUGACGAUGCCCAUGAUUAUGGCUCAGAUGGAGGAUGCCGUGGAGUAUGCAUCAGUCGCUGGUGACAGGAUAUCAACCAUCAUGAGCUACGGCGUGUCCUCGGUUUUCAAGUUUUUCAGCGGAGAAACAUGUUCAGACCUCGAAGGCUUCUGCCAAUAUGGCUGCGAGGAAAUUCCCAACUGGUAUGCUGAUUCUAGAGGAGGUUCAAUACUCAUCGCCGUAAGGCAGCUCUGCCGGGCUCUUCAGGGCAAGACUCGCACUAGCAACGCCUUGGAAGUCAUGAACGACGAGACACAUAACGCGGAGAACUACAAGAAAUGGCUGAUCAGCUGUAGCCGUAAGAGCAACCGCUCUGUCACCUUCUAUGAGAGCUUCGAGAUCAUACCCCUAUUCCUUUACGGACAUUAUGAACGUGCCGUGGAAAUUGGAAGCCACGCCGUUGAUCAACUUAGUAUGCUCUGGUCAGCGCACAACAGUAGGUUGAUACUGUUGUUCCACGGCCUCGCUCAUGCUGGAUACCUGCUACAAAAGCUCCAACUCCCCUGCUCUCCAAUUGAAGACUUCUCCUCGCAAGUCGAAGAGGUCAUAAAGGAACUGCGCCGCUACGUCAAGAUGAUGGAUGAGUGGUGCACUGUGUCUGACAUUAAUUACCUAAGUUGGAUGAAGUUUCUGCAAGCACAGAUUGAGGAAUUAUCUCUGAAUCAUGGGAAUGCCAUUCAGCACUAUGAGCAAGCAUUAGAUCAUGCAGCUGAGCAUAAUUCAGUUUUUGAUGAAGCUCUUGGCAAUUAUCUCAUGGCUGGCAUGUUCAUUCGACGACGUGCGCGUCGGUCAGCUCGAGCAGCACUUCUUGAAGCAGUGGGCUUAUUCCGGCAGAUGGGGGCUCUUGGUGUUUCAAAAGCCAUCGAGGAGGAACACAGCCUCUUACUACACGGACCUACAAGAAACUACCGUACUUGCGAUACUGGUGUCCAAACCGACUUUGUCGCUGAUGCCACCUCAGUUCAAUACAGGACUGGAGAGGCAGAGGACGGUGGAGAUCUUGCACGCAUCCCUUCCAACACGAUGAACAUGGCCGAUCUCAACAAGGGCGAGCGCAUAGGGGCAUGGCGAGGCUCAAUGAACAUCCAGGCCGAGCCCGGGGCGGGACUGCCUGCUCUCGAUAUGAUCGAUCUGCACGCCAUUCUUGUCUCGUCGCAGGUCAUCUCCUCUAUGCUGCAAGUUGACGAGCUUUUGAAGACUAUGUGCGACGUCAUCUUACAGACUUGUGGUGGUUCAGCUACGCUGGCUGCCAUUGUUGUCCAGGAGAACGACAUUAAUACUUGGUGUGUAGCAGCAAGUGGUGAUCCUGAGAAAGGAGCUUCCGCCCAUAUACCAGGUAUCCCUAUAUCAGGAACCUCACUUAUUGCAGAGAAUGUUGUUCUCUACUCUACUCGCUUCCUUGAGUCAGUCUUCGUCCCAGACCUGAUAUCUGACGAGCGAUUCGGCAAUGUCAACGAGUCCUGGCUUCAGAGAAACCCUGUUGGCAAGAGUAUUAUUGCGAUUCCGAUCUGUCAUGGCAACAAGCCUCUCCUUGGCGUGCUCUAUUUGGAGGGUGAACCGGGCGCAUUCACGGAUCGCAACGUCACGGUCCUGCAGCUUCUUGUCAACCAGAUUGGCAUAAGCUACUCGAAUGCCCUUGCGAUGAAGAAUGUCGAGAAAAUAUCUGCAGAAAACCGUUCUAUGGUAGCCGUUCAGAAGCGCGCACUUGCCAAGGCCCUUGAAGCAGAGACAAAGGCCAAGAACGCGGAAGCGGAAGCCAAGCGAAAUGUCAAGCUGGCAGAGGAAGCGGCGAAGGCUAAAUCCAUCUUCUUAGCCAAUGUGUCGCACGAACUUCGCACUCCUCUCAAUGGCGUAAUCGGCAACUCGGAGCUUCUCCGCGACAGUGAUCUGGAUAAGGAUCAGCUCGAGAUGGCCGACUCGAUUCGAGUAUCCGCUGAUCUGCUAUUGACGGUGAUCAAUGACAUCUUGGACUUCUCCAAGAUGGAGGCAGACAAGAUGAAGUUGUACAUCAUUGCCUUCAACCCCGAAGACAUGGUCCGCGAAGUCGUCCGAGCCGUUUCAUAUAGCAAUCGUGAGAAGACGUCCAAGAAGAAUGUCAAGAUCGUACAAAACAUCAACCUACCGCCCAUGCUAAUCUACGGCGACCCUAUCCGUCUACACCAGGUUCUGGGCAAUCUAAUUGGAAACAGUCUCAAGUUCACCGAAGAUGGUUCGAUCACUAUUGGUGCUCGACUGGACAAGGAGACAAAGGAGCACGCCACUCUUACUUUCUGGGUUCGAGAUACUGGCAUCGGUAUCCCUCCUCAGCAGUUAGCCAAACUGUUUCAACCCUUCAGCCAAGCGGAUGCUAGCACGGCUAGAAAAUACGGUGGAAGCGGUCUCGGUCUCAGCAUCUGCAAGUCUCUCAUUGAGACAAUGAUGAAGGGCAAGAUUCGGCUCGAGAGUGAAGAGAAUGUGGGCACAACUGCUUGGUUUACUGUCACGUUCGAGAAGGCCAAGCCUGAUGUUGCUGCAGGAGACGCGCAGACCAAAACCACGCCAUCUGUCGACCGAUACUAUGCAGCAACUUCACCUGUGGAGAGAGCGGAAUCGCCAAACCCUUAUCUGGACUUGUCUAAGGUACCCAAGGAUGAGAUUCGCAUUUGUGUUGCUGAGGACAACCCGAUCAACCAAAAGAUCGCUAUACAAUACGUGCAGAGAUUGGGGUAUAAGGGCGUUGUUGCAUACGACAACGGCCUUAAGGCUGUGGAGGGGCUCCGGCAAAAGGCCAAAGAGGGUAUACCAUAUCACGUUGUCUUGAUGGACGUCCAGAUGCCGGUUCUUGACGGUUAUGAGGCGACAAAGCUAAUUCGGAAGGACUCUCUCGAUGCAGUGCGCACUAUUUUGGUCAUUGCCAUGACCGCUUCUGCUAUUCAAGGGGAUAGGGAGAAGUGCUUGGCUGCUGGUAUGAAUGACUAUCUCGCCAAGCCAGUUAGAUCAGAGAUUCUGAAAAAGAAGCUCGACGCAUAUCUCAGCGUUGAGCACCCACCGCCAAAGCCAGAAUCUUCUCCAGCGCAACACGACUCAUCAUCCACGCCUAGCCCCCACACGCAUUCCGGAGUCGCUACUCAAAGAUCUAACUCAUCGCUUGUUCUCCCAUCUCCUGCAGUCAAACCGAGUGUGGCAACAAAGGGAUUGGCCGAGGUGUCUCUUGAUCCUAUGCAGGAAGAAGCGGUGUUCAACCAACCAGUUGACCAGGCGGCUCUACAAGCACAAGACAGCCCUGUUUUCAACAGAGAACUAGAGCCAUCGCCACUAGCCAUACGUGGCAGUUCACCUCACUCGAUGAAUGCCUCUGGCCUUGGUCGUGUUUCAAGUGAUGAUCGGUCUGUAGACACGGCGUCAAUCGCAGACAGCUCAACCUCCCAGUCACAGAAGCGACUGCCUCGGAAGCUUGUCAAAAAUCGCCGCAACAGCGAGUCUAACAGCGAGCGACCAUCCCUUAGCAACGUAUCUAACGACAAGUCGCGAGGCGUUCUCAAAAAACCGCAACGACAGAGCACGACGAAUCUUGUUGAAGAGGGCCAAAAAGCAGAGAACAACUAUUACAGUUCUGGAAAGGAUUCUAGCAAACGCACUAGCCUGACGUCCUCUGCUUCAUCGUUGAAGGAACGAAUUUUUCCUCAUUAG